UGACUAAACUUCAGACUGUCAUUCAGUCGACAGCGUGUACUGAAGCAGUCAGCAUGCACCAUCAGUCACGCAAUGACACGAAGGAAGAGCCAAGUAAUUGGAAUUCUGUAAGGGACGUACAGUACACGCUACAGCUGAGCAAGUGGCUGUUGAAGCCGAUCGGAGUUUGGCCGCUUGUUUCCGGUCGAAGCAGCAGACUGGAUUAUUUCGUCUCCGCGGUUCUAAUGGUCACGUGCUUCUCGAGUAUCUUCUUCAUCAUCGUACCGUCCGGCCACUAUGUCCUCUAUGUGAAUAAAAGCGUACAGAUGAAGUUGAAGCUGCUCGGACCGGUGGGUUUCUGUGUGUCCUCUGUAUUGAAAUACUGCUGUCUCAUUAUAAAAAGUACCCCCUUGAAACGGUGCAUCCAACACGUGGAGAAGGAUUGGAGAACGGUACAGGACCCUAACCACUGGAGAAUUAUGUUAAAGUAUGUGACGAUCAGCAGGAAUUUAAUCACCAUCUGCGCCAGUUUCAUCUACACAGGUGGUAUGUCCUUUCACACGGUUAUGCAGUUCUUGUCGAACGAUAAUAGCACCUUCAGACCACUCUCGUAUCCCGGCUACGAUUGGUUCCUCGAUGUGCGGUCGAGUCCUACUUACGAAAUAGUGUUUCUUACUCACUGUCUCGCGGCUAUGACUAUGUACACUGUUACGACUGCCGCGUACAGUUUAGCAGCGAUCUUCGUUACUCAUAUCUGCGGCCAGAUUCAGAUAAACAUAAAGAGAUUGCAGGAAUUGGUCCAGAAAGUGGAGAACAACGAUGUUACACCCGACCCGAUGGCGAUCAUCAUUCAUGAUCACGUCGAGAUUAUCAAAUUUGCGAGAAACGUUGAAGAAGCUUUGCGCGAGAUAUGUCUCAUUCAAAUCAUCGAAUCGACGGUGAACAUGUGCAUGCUCGAAUACUAUUGUUUGUCGGAAUGGCGGAACAGCGACGCGGUCGCUAUAGUGACGUAUUCCACUUUGUUGAUCUCUUUCACUUUCAAUAUAUUCAUAUUUUGCUACAUAGGCGAAGUUCUCUUCGAACAGUGCACGCAAAUUGGUGUGGCUUUCUACGAGAUUGAAUGGUACAAUCUGCCAGCCAAGACAGCUCACGAUCUUAUUCUAUUGAAUGUCAUAUCGCAAAACCCGACGAUACUUACAGCCGGGAAAAUAAUCGAAUUAUCUUUAACAACCUUCAGCACCGUAGUGAAGACAUCGGUAGUUUACUUCAAUCUGCUUCGAACGUUUACGGAGUAAAACAUAUUUUCGCCCAUGCUAUUAAAUUGCAGAAUGAUAUAAUAUUUUUUACAAAUUUUUUCAAACAGACGAUUUGACAUUUUAUCCGAAGUCAUUAUUAUUUUAAUUAAACUUAACGUCAUGUUACAGAGUUUGCGUAGAUUUUAACUGGCAUACAUGUGAAUUUCAAAUACCUUCGCUAGCGAAUGAUAAAGCACUUGUUGAGCAAAUUUUUGUCGACGUCUGUUUUUGUUAACACUUACUUUAUUUCUGUAAUAGGUUACAAUAUCCGAUACUUCAUUUGAACCAGAGAACGAAUAAAUUCAUCAU